GAGAGAGAGAGAGGCAAUCGCCUGGAAAUCGCUUCACUCGCACUUAUGCAUCGCACAUCCUCGCAAAGGUGCGCCGUCCGGCAAGCGAACUCCAGCAUUUGUCAGCGGACGAAUGAAUAGGAUCGGAUAACCUGGUUACCGAUGGACAGAUCCCUCUUGUGAGUUUGCUCUCCCUCCGCACCCACUGGGGAACCCGGGUAGCGAGGAUUCAUUGAGGAUAGUGGCAUAUUACCUUAGUGCCAGAGAAAGAGAAGGGAUAUUAGUCUAAGCGACGGAAUGCAGUGAAGCCGUUCCAGAGUUCAUUCGUUGGGGGCUUUUCCCACCUCUGAGCAAUAUAGAAGGCACAACAAAUUAGACGCGGGGUUCCUGCUUAAUGUCUGACACUGAACUGCAUUCCGCACAUCGUUAACAUUUACAGUAGCAGAACAUUGUGGACCCUGAAGGAUUCGUGGAUUUGGGAAGAAGAGCACGCACCGAUAGCUCCAGUGGAUUUCUUUUCACCCCCGGGAUUGCGUUGUCUUGAUUUCUGGAUCUUUGAUUGUGGGGGGCGGGUGGGGGGGGGACUGAGGGUUGAAGUGGAAACGUCCCUUAGCGGAAAGGACCGUAGCUCCUUCGCCGGCAGAAGCGCAGGGAGCCGGCUUGCGGAGGAGUGACCGUCCGCAAAGGCUGAAGUAGUGCCAUUGGACCGGAGAUAUGGAUCUGCACCUUGAAGUGCUGCUGCUGUUGGCCUUGCUGCUGAGCUUGUGUGGGGCCGUGGGGACCAUCAGCUACAAGGUGCCUGAGGAGCAGCCCCCCAACACCCUGAUCGCCAGCCUUGCGGCCGACGAGGGCCUUCCAGACACGGGGCACCUGUAUAAGCUGGAGGUGGGCGCCCCCUAUCUGCGCGUGGAUGGUAAGACCGGGGACAUCUUCACCACGGAGGUUCCGAUCGACCGGGAAGGCCUGAAGGACUGCCGUAAUUUGUUUGAGGGAGAUCCCUGCAUCCUGGAAUUCGAGGUCUCCAUCACAGACCUGAACCAAAACCAGGGUCCACGGCUGAUCGAAGGUCGCAUCGAAGUCCUAGACAUGAAUGAUAACACCCCGCAGUUCCCCUCCCCCAUCCUCUCCCUUUCUAUUCCUGAAAAUACCCACUUGGGGGCGCUCUUCUCGAUCCCUGUGGCCAGUGACAAGGAUUCGGGGCACAACGGUGUGGCCGAUUACUCCCUGGCCCCGGGGCCCGAUACCUCGGCCCUCUUCGGCCUGCAGGUGGCUGAGGACCAGGGUGAGAAGCUCCCGCAGUUGAUCGUACUGGGAAACCUGGACCGUGAGCAGAAGGACUCAUAUGACCUUAGCAUCAAGGUCGUGGAUGGCGGCAACCCACCACGAUACAGCAGCGCCCUGCUCCGGAUCAUCAUCACCGACUCCAACGACAACUCCCCUAAGUUCGAGAAGUCCCAGUAUGAGGCAGAGCUUCCAGAGAACAGCCCCGUAGGACACUCAGUCCUCCAGGUUAAGGCCAAUGAUUCUGAUAUGGGGCCUAAUGGAGAAAUCGACUACAGUCUGCACCAGGCUAACGACGCUGUCCAGAGGCUCCUAAGGAUUGAACGGACAACCGGCAUCAUCUCCGUCAAGAGCCCUGUGGACCGAGAAGAGAUUAGCAUGUUGAGGUUCUACGUCAACGCACGGGACAGGGGGCCAAACUCCAGAAGCUCCAAGGUCUUUGUUUUAAUAAAUGUCAAGGACCAGAAUGACAAUGCCCCCACGAUUGAGAUUCGUGGUAUUGGGCUGGUAACCCACCAGGAUGGGGUGGCUAACAUAUCUGAGGACAUGCCCAUUGGAACUCCUGUGGCUUUGGUCCAGGUCUCGGACCGUGAUGAGGGUGAGAAUGCGGUCGUGACGUGUGUGGUUGCAGGAGAUGUCCCGUUCCAGUUGCGGCCAGCCAGCGAGGCUCCCAGUGACCGCAAAAGGAAGUACUUCCUGCAAACGACCACGCUUCUGGACUACGAGCGCGUCAACGGCUAUCGAAUUGAGAUUGUGGCUGUGGACUCGGGCAACCCAGCUCUCUCCAGCACCAACUCGCUCAAAGUUCAAGUCACAGAUGUAAACGACAACUCCCCCAUCUUUUCGCCAUCUCUUUUUGAGGUGGACUUCCCAGAGGAGAAUCAGCCUGGAGACAAAGUUUUGGAUGUGGUGGCCUCAGAUGCAGACAGCGGGACUAAUGCUGAGCUCAUAUACAGCAUUAUGGACUCAUCCAUGAAAGGAGUCUUCGACAUCAAUCCGAACACAGGGGAGGUUCAGGUAUUGAGUCAGUUAGAUCGAGAACAACGGGAACGGUAUGAGUUCCAUGUUGCCGCAGCUGACAAGGGUGUUCCCAGCCUGCGAGGGACAGCUACAGUAGUGGUCAGAGUGCUGGACCGCAAUGACAAUGACCCCAAAUUCAUGCUUAAUGGCUAUAGCUUCUCCGUCCUGGAGAACAUGCCUCCCCUUAGCCCUGUCGGAAUGGUGACGGUCAUCGACACGGACAAAGGCGAGAAUGCCCGAGUGCAUCUAUCCGUAGAACCAGACAAUGGUAAAUUCGUAAUCCAGAACGGCACGUGCACUAUUCUCUCUAGUAUCUCGUUUGACCGUGAGAAAGAGAGCACCUAUACUUUUCGGCUGAAGGCUGUGGAUGGAGGCAACCCACCAAGAUCUUCCUACGUUGGUGUGACUAUCAACGUCUUGGAUGAGAACGACAAUGCACCUUAUGUCACCAAGCCAUCAAAUUCCACAUACAAGUUCCUUCCUCCUGUUACCAAUCCCGAGACUCAGGUAGAGAUGGUAGAGGCGGAGGACAUUGACACGGGCCCCAAUGCUGAGCUGGUCUACAGCAUCACAGGUGGAAACCCCCAUGGACUAUUCCGCAUCUCCCCCAUGAGUGGAGAGAUUACUCUAGCUAAGGAGUUCACCCGUAAGCACAACGGCCUCCACAGGCUGGUAGUGAAGGUCAGCGACAAAGGAAAGCCACCGCGGCACACCACUGCCCUCGUGCAUUUCUACGUCAACGAGACCAUCAACAACGUCACCCUGGUGGAGUCGCUGGUAGGCCACAGCCUGUACACCCCCCUGGACACUGACAUCGCCGGUGACCCCGAAUACAGCCGCGCUGCCCAACGCAGCAACAUCCUGUAUGGCAGCUUGGCAGGGAUUGCCGGUGUGAUCCUGGUCAUAGUGGUGGUGGUAGUCAUCCGGCACCGUCUGCAGAAGGAGGCCAAGAGCGGUUAUCAGGCAGGAAAGAAGGAGACGAAGGAUCUGUACGCCUCUAAACAGGGACCCAAAAGCAGCAAGGGUAAGAAGGGGAAGAAGGGCAAAGCCCCCAAGCCAGCCAAACCCCUGGAGGAGAACGAGGAGGCAAGCCGCCAGAAUACCUUGAAGUUCAACCUUAUUAAUGACAGUGUCGGUGACAGUCCUCGAAUUCAUCUGCCCCUAAACUACCCACCAGCGAGCCCGGAUCUGGGCCGCCACUACCGCUCCAACUCGCCACUGCCCUCUAUUCAGCUUCAGCCUCAGUCCCCCUCGGCCUCCAAGAAGCACCAGGCCGUUCAGGACCUGCCCGCCACCAACACCUUCGUGGGGACGGGGGACAACAACUCCACAGGCUCCGACCAGUAUUCGGAUUACAGCUACAAGGCUAACCCCCCGAAAUACAGCAGCAAACAGCUGCCCCACCGCCGAGUGACGUUUUCCACGACAAAUCAGUCGCAGGACCUGCAGGACUCCUCCCAGCACAGCUACUAUGACAGCGGCCUGGAGGAGUCUGAGACCCCCAGCAGCAAGUCAUCGUCGGGGCCCCGCAUCGGGCCCCUGGCGCUGCCCGAGGACCACUACGAGCGGACCACCCCAGACGGCAGCAUCGGAGAGAUGGAGCACCCCGAGAAUGAUCUCAGACCCCUCCCGGAUGUGGCCAUGACGGGGAACUGCACGCACGAGUGCACCGAGUACGGCCACUCUGACACCUGCUGGAUGCCCGGGCAGCCGUCGCCCAACCGCAAGCCUCGGGGAGCCCCGAAACUCUCCACCUUCGUGUCUUACCAGGACCGCGAGGCCUCAGAGCGCCUGGGCAACGGUAGCCCCAAGACGGCGGAGGAGCGCGCCUCCAAGAUGUCCAGCAUCCGCUUCAUGCCCUCCUACAGUGCCUACUCCAGCAGCGGCGGUGGCCACGAAGCCAGCCCGGACUGCCCCCGGGAGGAGAUUCCUCUGAGCCAGGCUGCAACCACGCCUUCCAGCCAGGGCUCCAGGAAAGAGGUCUACCUGAGCACGUUCUGCCAGAAACAGGAACUUCAAAGGUACAUUUUAAGUGGGGUAGGUUUGACUGUAAGGAUCUCCAGGUCUCCAAAGGCAUAGAUCACAGCAGGGGUGCACUAGGACGCAAUGUAUGAAGUGAGAAGAAUUGAAGUACCGACCAGGCUGAGUUUGCCGAGGCAUACAAAUGAAAUAAUAAGCCAAGCAAAAAACGAAAGACAAUAGUAGGCUAUCACAAGGCCUUAACAGGCUAAUCCAGAUGAAAUAAUUGUCCUAGUAUAGCAUGAAAAAGCCAGUUUUAUAAAUAUAUACAUUCUUUUUGUUGGGUGUUGUUGUUGUUUUAUUAAUAGUAAAAAUCCAACAGUGUUAUAAACAUAUAAAUGUAAAUGGUCAUUGUUUUUUUUACCAGAGAUUUUGGAUUGGGUUUGUAAAGUAAUACAAUAUGUCCAAACGCGGCAGCCUGUUUCUUUACGAUCCUUUCAUUUUUUCUUGCGGAAUUUUCUUAUGAAAUACACCUAUUUGGUGGGUACCUACAGUUAAUUUUUGCAUUUAGGUUAAAAAAUAUAGCAAAGAUUAUAUACGUAUACACAUACACACACGUAAUUGACUUCGAGAGCUAUAUUGAAUCUUAAGUGACGCUAUAGCCAGGGGUAGUACGUGCAGACCGUUUCAAUCCACAUCAAUCCACAUCUGAUCGUAAUGGCAGACACUGAGGCUAGUGGGGGUUGAUUCAAGUGUUCAAUUGUUUAUCUAUGAAAAAAUGAAACGAGUAAUAAAGACAACAGCAGCCAACGAAAGUCUCUUUGCAGGAAGUACAAGUUUGUAGCCUAAUUGUUGGUUAUAUUUAUAUAGGAAACAUGCUUGUGAUGCCUUGUUUUUUGUACAGUUUUAUGUACAUGCAAGUGUAGCUUUUUAAAUCAGAAUCCAACGGCAAAUUAAAAUUGUAAAAUAUUUUAAGAUAGGGGUUGUUAGGGUGUGACUGGGUGGGUUCUUGCAACGUCAGUGUGGAUGCAGCAGUCUAAGGCAUUACUGUAGUUAUUCACUGGCUUCUCGUCUAUUUUGAGAUUUUAUCCUCUUUUAUCGAGACCUUAUUUUUUGCAGACCGUGCGCUUCGAGGGAAAUGGGUUGUUUGUUAAUUUGUUUUAAUUCCCAUUUGUUCUGUUUUAUUCUGAUCAGUAUUCGCAUGUUGGAAACUAAUUGUGGUCUUUUAUUUUUGCUGAGCAAAUCAAAGUGAAAACACCUUGUAAUUACUCCCUCCUUAUAGCUUUACAAUAAAAAAAUAAUAAUUAAAAA